CUCCUUCAUCUCUAUUGAGUAUUGACCUAAGCCCAUAUAAACAUCCCACAUAAACAAUUCUAUAAAUGACCAACUCGUGGACUACCAGUCUACCACUCUCACACCAUACUUGCUUCCACGCAACAAAAUUUUAAAAACAACAGAAAUUGAAACUAGAGAAACAUAAACCCUAAUUUUCAUCUUUUUCGCUGAAAUCUUCAGCUGGAAAUUUGAAGGAGGUUGAAGAAGAGAGAGAAAAUGGAGCUCUGUACUAUACGUGGUGUUCUCUCAACUCCGCCUCUUCCACUCUCACCUUCUCACCGUUUCUUCCCUGAUUCUUCUAAUCUUCGUUUUUCUAUAAAGAAUUUUUCUCAUUUUCCAGGAAUAGUUUCCCUUACAAACAAGAGCACAUUAUUGAGAGUAAAUUCGGAUGAAUCAUCAAAUAAAUUUACAGAUGAGAAAAGUGAUUCAGCAUUUGCGACUCUUGAAGAUGAAGCUACAGUUGAUAAUUUUGCGCCUGUGAUUGUUAGUGUGAAGGAGGAUGAAGGAGUAUACGACGAGAUGAAGCAAUCAGAACAAGAAUCGGAAGUUGGAGAAUCAUCUUCUGAUAAUGAAUUUUUGCAGCCGCUUAAAGAGCUUUUGAAUAAGCUUAAUGUUGAGUUGGAUGUUGAAGAUUCACCGACAUAUCUUCUGUAUGGUGGUGGUGGUCUUGUUGCUGUGUGGUUGCUUUCAGCCAUCAUAGGUGCAAUUGAUUCUAUCCCUGUGUUUCCGAAACUGAUGGAAGUUGUGGGUCUAGGCUAUACAGUUUGGUUUACCACGCGGUAUCUUCUAUUUAAGAAAAAUAGAGAAGAAUUCGGGUCCAAGAUAGAUGAGUUCAAAAGUGAAAUAUUUGGCUCAAGUGAUAAAUAGUGACAUUUGGAGUUCUGUUUGUGCGGAAAUACUGUAGAGCGUGUUGCUAAUAUGAGAAGUUCUUUUGUAGACAAUAUACUGUGAAUAAAUAGGGAAAGAAACAAUGAUCCUUGUAACUUUUGAUCAUUCGAGAAAUGAAGGUUGCUUAAUUGUACUUGCAGUCUGUUCUGUUAGUAGUAGUCAAAGUAGACAAAUUUUCAUUGCUGUUAAAAGAUUAAGGUGGUUAUUAGUGGAAUUGGAAUUAUUUGUAUGGAGUCAAAAUGAAAAUGGAUAUCUAGGACAUACUUGUGUAUUACAAUGUGGUGCAAAUUUUGUCAAUGUACUUUUGGUAAAGUAUUCAGUA